AUGUUGGCGAAGGCAGCUAGCUUGCUGACAGCGGCAAGCGUUGUUGCUAUGUCUUCCGCAAGCCCUGUUACCCACACCAUCUCGAAAGAUGUGGUAGUCGUUGGCGGCGGUGCUGCUGGCGCCUAUGCUGCUGUUAGGCUCCGUGAGGAUUAUGGGAAGAGCAUUGCGUUGGUUGAGAGAGAGGCACGUUUGGGUGGUGCGGUUGAUACCUGGACUGAUCCAAAGACCGGCAUGCCUUACGAAUUGGGUGUUGAGGCCUUCCUGGAUUAUGGCAAUGCUACCACUGGAAAAUUCGUGAACUACACGUCCCCCACAGCAGCUGAACAACUUGCUGCAUUCCAAAGGUAUGUGGAACUGUGUGAGAAAUACGAGGGCAUGAUGUUGCCUGGACUGUGGAAUUUCCCCACCGCCGACAAUAUACCCAAAGAUUUGCUUCUAAACUUUGGUGAUUUCGCGAGAAAAUACGAGAUUGAGGCUGCUGUGCCUACAAUCUGGGACAUAUCGGCUUCGUUCCCAGCACCGCUUGCGCGAGUCUACACUGGCAAGGCCCGAACUCUAUAUGUGGCGUCCCAUAGGAACCAGGACAUAUACGAUAGAGUGUCGGACACUCUGAGUGAUGAUGUUCUCUAUUCAAGCACUGUUGUCAAUGCAACAAGAACACCUAACGGUGUUAGCAUUAUUGCCAAAGGAGCGGACGGGCAUCAAACUGAGAUUCGCGCAAAGCGUUUGCUUAUCGCUAUCCCACUAACUGUACCCAACCUCACGCCGUUCAAGCUCGACAAAAAGGAACUCAGUGUCUUGUCUAAGACGGCAUACACACAAGCUUAUGCUGGCGGUGUUGUUUCUUCGAACCUGCCAUUGAACAUAACAAUCAUUAACUCCGCUUCCAGAAACUGGCUGGGUCUCCCGGAUCUGUCGCUCCUGCAAUGGUAUAAAAACUUAGAUUCUCCUGACCGCUAUCACAAGGUCAUGAUGUUUGGAAAUCAGGCCCUGGAUAGCGAUGGCUCAAAAGCGCUGGUCGAGCAGAGUUACCGUCAGUUGGUCGGUGCAGGCAGUCUGCCGGAAGCAAGUGGCAGGGGCCUUGAAUGGCUCCACUUUCAAUGCCAUGGAUCUGUUAACAUCCGGGCCUCCAUGGAGGACUUGAAAGCUGGCUUUAUUCAGGAACUGUAUUCUCUACAGGGUCAUCUAUCCACUUGGUAUACGGGUGCGGCUUGGUCCGCGCAAUUACAUACUCCCACAUGGGCUUUUUCGGACUCUGUUAUCCCACGACUGGUAGAGGGCCUAUGA